AUGAACUUUCAAUUCCACGGACCGUGUGAUGAUUACUUCGGGGUUACUCUUGUCAACAACCAUCGCCUGGGUCCCGAUGACCGUCAGUACGGGGUAGUCAAUGCUGGUUUGGACGUUCCCGAUCAGCAUGUUGUCUACUGCAACAACGCAAAGGUCCCCAGCGACAAUGACCGAGUCCAAAUCAUCAAGUUCGUCGUCGGCCGUGCAGGUUGUCUCGUCACUAUGGCUGAUUUGCACCUUUGGCUGGAUAUCUACAACUUCAACGAAGUCCUCGGCCGUGAUGCUUACAUCUGGGCCAAGGCGUCCAACUUUACAGAUGAUUUCAACCUCAGGUCAGAGAGACUCAUCUGCGGCAUCAAGUUCUUCCGUCAACUCGGCGAACAGCGUCCACGCCAUAGUGGUGGUCAUUCAUCUGUGCUUAAGGAGCCGUUCCUGCUACUCAUAGCUGAAACGGUUAUAGAAGACAAGAUGAGCUCUCGGAAAGGAUGGGGGCUGGAGAUAUCACAACGCGCGUUCAGUAACAGUGGCCUUUUCUAUGAAAACGGCAACCUACGAUAA